AAUGUUCUCCUUUUUCACAAUUUAGUGAAAAAUACGCGGUUCAAAUUUCCAAAGGCAACUUAUUUUCUCCUUUGGUGCGCUCCCCGGGAACGAGAUCACCGAGGAUUAGCAGCAAGGCGUCGUUUAUAGAAGCACGCCUGGAUUGGACGAGUUCCGCUCCCAAGACAUUUGCAUUGCAACUUCGCAGCUCGUCGUUGUCUGCUGCGGAAUACGACCGACGUGAAAACUGAAUACGACGGGCAGCGACAUUGAUCGGUAACAACAAGAUGUCGUCUUCUAUAGCUUUGGUGGCACUUGUCACAGUCGCAUUUGUCAGUUUGGCUACGACAGAUGAGGGCAUGGGUCUGUGUUAUCGCUGCCCGCUACAUCACUUUGAUGGCGACGAAGGUUCUCCAUACGCCUGGGUGAAGUCAUUCCUUAAAGAGAUCAAGAAAAGAUGUCCUGGUCUUAAGACUACACCGAAAGUCACCAAACCGCCAAAUACAUCCACCCGCACAAGCACCAAGGCGUCAACUACGACUACUCACCAGCAAACUACGACCACCAACUCGCUAACCAAGACCACCAGCCCGGUAACUGUGACCACCAACCAGCCUACAAUGACCGCCAACCCGCCAACUGCGACCACCGACCCACCUUCUACGACCACCGACCCGCCAACCACGACCACCAAACCGCCAACUGCGACCACCGAACCACCUUCUGCGACCACCAACCCGCCAACAACGACCACCGACCCGCCAACUACGACCACCGACCAGCCUACAAUGACCGCCAACCCGCCAACUGCGACCACCGACCCACCUUCUACGACCACCGACCCGCCAACCACGACCACCAAACCGCCAACUGCGACCACCGAACCACCUUCUGCGACCACCAACCCGCCAACCACGACCACCGACCCGCCAACUACGACCACCGACCCGCCAACCACGACCACAGACCCGCCAACUACGACUACCGACCCGCCAACUACGACUACCGACCCACCAACCACGACCACCGCACCGCAGCCGCCAAUUACGACCAGCGAGGCACCCACUAUUGCUCCAACGCCACCUCCGGGAGCCGCAGCUGACUGCCAGGCCUUAUUAGAUGCUGGCAAUACAGUGAGUGGUGUGUACACAAUCUACCCAACAAGCUACCCAGGCGGGCUGGAGGUCAGGUGUGACAUGACCACUGACUCAAAAGCCUGGAUCGUUUUCCAGAGACGCGUGGACGGAACGGUGAGUUUCAUCCGCAGCUGGGCCGAGUAUAGGGAUGGUUUCGGUGACAAGGAAGGGUCGUUCUGGCUGGGGAACGAGAUCCUCCGUCGUCUCACUGAACCAGUAGACCAGGAAUGGCAGAUGAGGGUGAACAUUGUUCGAAAUGAAGCGACAAGAGCAACAGAUCGAUUUGCUCUGUAUGACCAAUUCCGUAUAACUGGAGAACUGUACAGUCUGAGUUUGGUAUAUAGCGGAGCAGCAUAUAUCCAAGAUUCUCUUUCACCGCCGCAAGCGGGCAACGGACACCCCUUCACGACCUACGACAGUGACAACGACCAGGACACUGGGCUGAACUGCGCUGACUCGCUGAAGGGGGGCUGGUGGUUCGACACCUGCGGCACAGAGUCUGUUGAUUCGAUUCUGUACAGUAAUCUAAACGGAGAGUACGGCCAGGGGCUGACGGGGAGUCUAGCCUUUGUACGUGGUAUAACGUGGAGUAAAUACGCAGGUUUCAUAUUUGUAGAAACUGAUUUGAAAAUGCGGCGCGUCUCCUAGCUAUGACGUCACACGCGCUAUAAUGGUAUGCCUCAAUCGCCGGGGAGAUAAAUAAUUGGUUUCCCGUACACCAACAUCGCCGCUGUCGUAGUGCUUUUCAAAUGGGAGCCUUUGUUCUUAAAUAAAACAAAGGGAACCCUUCACACACAAAAAUACCGCCGGGGAUAGUCCUUUGUCCGAAUUGGCGGCUAUACUCAGCUACGGCUGCGACUAUUGUUAAGGGAGUUUUUAAGGACGUCCUAUACUUCAACACAUGAUGACGCAGACAUCUAGCCAUAGCCGUAGCUGUAGCCACUUAUUCGGACACGGUUAUAAAUGCGGCAUCGCCUAAAAUGCGCACUGUACUGUGUAACACAUGCGGAACAUUUCACUUCCCGAAAUUGCAUAGCUGCGACUAUUGUGAAGGUGACGUCAUGACGCCUUAUAGGUCACGAGCUAGAGGUUGGCACACGCGCUCUUUAAUAUUUGGAUGUAUUGUAAACAACUCAAAGACUACACGGGAUUAAUUUAUCAGAAAUUUUUCAGAUUUUUGAAACUUGUUGGCAGAGAUUCACAUACUUUCAGCGUAUUAUGCUGAAUGCAUGUACGAGGAUUUGUAGUUUGUAGUACGAGGCUUUGUAUGCUUUUAUAGAUUUCAUGUUUUAAAGAAAAACAUAAUAGUACAUAUGCAGUGAGAGGAAUCGCAUGCAAUACAAUGCAGAUCAUGGCCCAAUUUCAUAGAGCUGCUAAGCACCAACAUUUGCUUAGCAUCACAU